AUGGAAGCCUGCUGGCUCUGGCUCUGGCUAGGUCUCGCCAGGCUGCUGAGCCUGCCGGCGGCGAGCAGCCUGCCCCUACUCCCAGGCCCUCGGGACGAGGUCCUGGCGGCAGCCUUGCAGCGGCUGCGGGAGGUCUUCGACGUCGAGGAGCUGCCGCCCGACUUCCUGCCCCACAAGAAGCCGCCGCAGUUCAUGGUGGAUCUCUUCAACAAGGUGGCCUACGCCAACGGCAUCACCCGCGACCCGGGGCUGCUGGAGGGGGACGUCGUGCGCAGCUUCGAGGACCGAGUUCACGUGAACCAGAACUACUUCUAUUUCGAUAUCAGUGCGAUGGAGAAGGGUGAACAAAUGCUGAAAGCUGAGUUCAGGGUCUUCAAACUGAAGAGGACACAUGCGUCUAGCAGGUCUGAUGUGAAACACUUUUGCAGAGUGGAGGUAUAUGAGGUCUUGGAGAGUGGAAGUAAGCCGCGACAGAAGCAUCUCAUUGCAUCAAGAUUACUGUCCUUGUAUACAGAAGGCUGGGAAGUGUUCAAUGUCACACAGACAGUUUCCAAGUGGGUCGGAAAUGGCAGCUCCAAUCACGGCUUUUUGAUAACUACAACACAUGUAUUCGACAACAGAAUUGAGCACAACCUGAUUAAGUUUGCUAAGAGCCAUGGUGCGUUGCAGGAGGGUAGAAAUGCUCUCCUUGUCCUCUUCACCAAGAGUAACAAACGGAGGUCUUCCAGCUUUGUACUCUCUUCCACAAAACUAGAGAUGAACCCUGCCAAAAAUGGUGCCAAAACUCGGAUCAUCAGAAGCAGCAACGCAAGCGUGAGCAGGAGACCUCGAGCUGCUGCAGUUCCCUCUGCCAAAGACCAGGUAACAUCAUGCCAUCGAAGGGAACUCUAUGUUGACUUCCGCGCUAUUGGCUGGUCAGGAUGGAUUAUUCACCCCAGUGGAUACAAUGCAUUUUAUUGCAGAGGAUCCUGUAUUUUCCCCUUGGGAGAAAAUCUCAAUGCAACAAACCAUGCUACAGUUCAGUCUAUAGUCCAUACACUUAAACUGUCCCAAGAUGUCAGCACACCCUGCUGUGUGCCCAAUGAAUUGAAGUCCCUCAAUCUUCUCUACUUUGAUGACAAAGAGAAUGUGGUCCUUAAACAUUAUAAAGACAUGGUGGCAACAAGCUGUGGUUGUCAUUAG